UAAGACUUAGCGCUCACCAAUCAUCACAUCAGAGCAGAAGGCUAGGUGUAUGGCGUACUACGGGCAGCAACCGCCGGCGGCAGGGCCGCCUCCCGUGGACCAAACCCAGCAGUUUCUGUGGGGAAUAUUUCAGAAGGUCGACAAAGACAGGAGUGGCGCCAUCACUGUUGACGAGCUUCAGAGUGCCCUAUCCAACGGUUCAUGGACUCCGUUCAACCCAGAGACUGUUCGCCUGAUGAUAGGGAUGUUUGACCGGGACAGGACGGGCACCAUCAACUUCCAGGAGUUUGGAGCUCUGUGGAAGUAUGUCAACGACUGGCAGACCACGUUCAGGAGCUACGACAAGGACAACUCGGGCUCCAUUGACAGGGGAGAGUUGAAGACAGCAAUGGCUAGUUUUGGCUACCGAUUGUCUGAUCGAUUCUACGACACCCUCAUCAGGAAAUUUGAUCGAUCUGGUCACGGAACUGUGGCUUUCGAUGACUUCAUCCAGUGCUGUGUCGUCAUUCAGGUAAUGUUGUGCUCUUCAUUUUACCAUUCAAGAUGUCUGAUAAUAAUGAAAAGCACCCUCGGCGCACCGCGCAUGCACGGUACCGCUAAAUAUAGGGGGGGGCUGGGCUAGGAGUAGCGGAGAGUCUUACACGGGCUAGCUACACUAGUAGAGAGAGCAUGCGGGAGUCGACACACGCCCUUUUUUGUGCCUUCUUGUGUCUCCGAGGUACGCAGAGCAAGCGGAUCAGGUCGAGACUCUGACCGGCUCGUUCAGAGCCUACGACACCAACCAGAACGGCUGGAUCCAGAUCUCCUACGAACAGUUCCUCACUCUCGUCUUCAACCUAAAGGCCUGAGACUCCGCCCACUGAGACCACACCCACCAACACACCUGACAACUAUCUGAACUGUUUGAAUUUUGUUACGUGGACGCUAGAGCUAACGUGAUUGUUGUGACAUUCAGUAUAGUGUUCUACUACUUGUGUCUAUGUCCUCGUUUGGUCUUUGAGCCUGCAUAGUAUAAUAAACAGAUGAUAUUGUGAACCAGGUUAUAGAGAGGGGGGGAGAGAGAGAUGCACUUUACCUCCAGCAGAUCUCUUGCGAGC